GAAGAUCUGCCGAAGGGAUUUGAGGAGAGAGUUGAAGGGCAAGGAUUGAUAAUUGAAGGGUGGGCGCCUCAGCUGCUGAUUUUAGGUCACACGGCGGUGGGUGGAUUCGUUACCCACUACGGCUGGAACUCUGUCGUGGAAGCGAUUGCUACUGAAGUUCCUAUGGUGACGUGGCCGCUGGGGACGGAGCAAUUCUUCAAUAAGAAGCUGGUGAGGUUGUGUUCUGGUGGUGGUGAGGGCGGGUCGGGUAGGGUAUGGGGGAUGUGUAGAAAAGAAAUUAGGUUUUUUAUUAUUUUAUUAUUUUUAAUGAAUGUAAUAAUGAGGUGGAAAAUAUAA